AUGGGUAAUCAAAUGGUGCCGACUGCGAAAAAAAUUGCAAGAAAAAAAAUGAUAGAGGGCGACUCCUUGUAUGUGGAGAAUAUAAUCGAGGACGACAAUCAAUUUACCGUGUUUGGUGCGGGUGUUACUGCCUAUGUGGAGCUACUGAAAAAGUCAUGUUCAUGUAGGGAAUAUGACUUGAUCAAGAUACCUUGUGCUCACGCGAUGGCCGUUUUGCGAUCGAAACAUGGCAUUGAGUAUGGUAUGAGCAUCUAUGAGUACUCUUUGCCUUUGUAUAAAGUUGAAGCGUACCUUCUUGCAUACAUGGAUUCUAUUAAUGUUGUCCCUCUCGAGUCGAAAUGGUGUGCUCAAGAAGCAUUGCUUAAUGUGAAUAUUUUUUCGCCUCUUGUCGAUACCAAGCUUGAAAGCAAAAGAAGAAAAUGUGUCAAAGACAUCGGUGGUGAGAAUUUCAAGAGCAAGAGAAGGAACAAAUUUUCAACUUGUAAUAGAACCGGACACAAGAGAACUACAUGUGUGAACAAUAAUAAAUCUUAA